ACACCAACAAGUGCUGCAAAAACGGCAAAAGGUCAAAAUGGUCAGCAAUCGCCUCGACAAGGUACACAAGCAGAUCGCCAAGAAGAAGGGCAAGAAUCCAAACCUCCACGAGGGCAGCCGGGACACCAAGCGCCUACAAAGCGCAGCGCAAAGAGAUGAUAAGCUGAACCGCCUGAGCAAAAUCCGAGAAAAUCAGAAUCGCACAUAUUUGUCUCGGAUAAAAUCUUUUCAAUCAUACACCACAGAGCAUGAAUCGCCACUUAGCGUGGCCGAAGUCCAGGCCAUGAUUGAGGAUUAUGUUGGCAGAGAUGAUGAAGAGCUGGCAAAACUUAAAGCAGAACGCCGUCCAGGAAGGCCGCCAAGCACGCGCCAAAAUCUGCUUGAAAUUAAUCAAAAGACCGAGCGGGACGAGUACGCCUCUGGCUUCUGGGUACCGGAUCUCGAGGAUGCAGCCAAUCUGCGCAAGCUGAAGGAGUGGAACGGCAUGUGGGCUCAGCUGGCCAUGCUCAAAUUCUGCAGGAUUUCAAAGGAGGGGUUCAAGCGCGAGUCCAGUUUUCCACCAAAGGGUAUGUCCUGAGUGACUAUGUUCUCUCGGCCAUCAAGCUACGGAUUACAGUCUAUCAUCGACGCUUGGAAGGACAUUUCUGGUCUUGUCCGACUAUCCCACAUCGAAUGGGCAAAGAAUAGGGCUUCCUUCCCGG